CACACACUCUCUCUCUCUCCAAGGUGUACAUGAUUCCGUUAUUGGCAAAUGCAGAAUUUCCGAAUUCUGUGAGAGAAAUACUGUCAAACAGGUUCAGAUCAAUCAGUCGUACAAUGACCAAACAAUCGAACCACCAAGAAACUCUCACCACUUCGUCACUUUCCCCAAUUUUCUUCCAAGAAAUCCCUUCAAAAUCGCCAUUUCUCACCAGACCCAUCACAACCCAGUAGUCCAAACCCACCAUAUAUUUGAAUCCCUACUAUGCCUCGUCAACUCCUCUGGGUUUUCUUCUUCUUCGUCUUCUUCUUCAACUCCAUUUCACCAUCUUCUUCCGUCCCUUUCUUGGCUGCACACAAUAUCACUCUCUUUGGCGAUGCUUACUUCAGAAACAAUUCAAUCAGUCUCACCCAAGACCUUAACUGUUUCUCUCCUCCUCCUUCAUCUUCUUCUUCUUCCUUUGGGAUCGGAAGAGCUUUCUAUGUCGACCCAAUUCGUUUUCUUGAUUCUUCAACCAACGCCACAGUUUCUUUCUCUUGUCGCUUCUCUUUCACAAUCAUCUCUUCCCCAGUGUGUUCUUCCGGAGAUGGAAUUGCCUUUCUGAUCACAUCCAAUGUGGGUUCUUUCAGCCUUUCCGAUGGCUACAUGGGUCUCCCAGAACAGGCCUCGAACGAUCAAGAUUCGUUCUUCGCUGUGGAGUUCGAUACGAGUUUCGAUCCAUCUCUUGGUGACAUCAAUGCCAACCAUAUUGGUUUAGACAUUAACACAAUCAGGUCGUCUGCGUCUGUUGAUGUCUUCUCAAAAGGGUUUGAUCUGAAAAGUGGGAAGGAAAUGACUUCUUGGAUUCAAUACAGAGAUUCCGAGAAGAUGAUCAGAGUGUGGGUUGGAAACUCUCAGGUCAGGCCUUCUAGUCCUCUGCUUGUUGCCCCGAUUGACUUUUCCAUGCAAUUCAAACAGUUCAUGUAUGUUGGGUUCUCUGCUUCCAACAGAAGAGGCUCUGCAGUUCAUGUUGUUGAUCAUUGGCGAUUCAAAACUUUUGGGUUUCUUCCUUCAUUGACUCCUAUGGAUACUGUUGAAGAAGGGGACUGUUUGAUUUGCUCUCCGGAGGACUCGAGCAUCGAGAACAGUCACUCCAAUGACCAUCACAUGGACAAAAGGGUGCGCGAAUUGGCUCUUGGCUUUGGGGGCUUAGCUGCAUUUGCUGUCUCUGUAUUUGCAGUUCUUGUUAUAGUCUGUUUCUGUAUGAUAAGGAAGAGAAGACUUGAUAGCAGAUGCAAUGAAGGCCAAAUUUGUAAGUUUCAAGGGAACAAAGUACCCAAAAGAUUGUCACUCACCCAGAUAAAAUCAGCUACAAGGGGUUUUAACCACAACAGAAUCAUUGGUGAAGGAGCGUCAGCGACCGUUUAUGAAGGUUCCCUUCCCUCUGGUGGAACAGUGGCAGUUAAAAGGUUCAGUCAGCCUACUAGAAUCAGCUCUUUGCGCAAUCCGUUCACCAAUGAGUUUGCGACAAUGGUGGGCUGUUUACGACACAAACAUUUGGUUCAGCUCCAAGGAUGGUGUUGUGAGGGGAAUGAGUUACUCCUGGUUUACGAGUACAUGCCUAAUGGAAGCCUUGACAAAAUUCUGCACAAGAGCACCAAAGCCAGAGAUAGCCUCACAUGGGAGAAGAGAAUGAAUAUAGUACUUGGGGUUGCUUCUGCUCUUAUAUAUCUGCACGAAGAAUGCGAGAGGCAGAUAAUUCAUAGAGAUGUGAAGACUUGCAAUAUAAUGCUUGAUGCUGAGUUCAAUGCUAAACUUGGAGAUUUUGGUUUAGCAGAAGUUUAUGAACAUAGUACUUUAAGUACUAGGGAUGCUACUUUACCAGCUGGAACAAUGGGAUAUCUUGCUCCUGAGUAUGUCUAUAUGGGUGUUCCGACGGUGAAAACAGAUGUUUACAGCUUUGGUGUGGUGGUGCUGGAGGUGGCGUCGGGGAGGAAGCCUGUGGAUGAUUAUGGAACUCCGGUUGCUGAUUGGGUGUGGGACUUGUGGGAAAAGGGGAAACUAAUUGAGGCUGCUGAUCCUAAAUUGAAGGGGAAGUUUAAUAAAAUGGAGAUGGAGAAGUUGCUCAUGUUGGGACUUGUUUGUGUGCAUCCGAACUAUGAGAAGAGGCCAACGGUGAGGGAAGCAGCGAGGAUUCUCAGAGGUGAGGCACCACUACCUCUUCUGCCAUCAAGGAAACCCACGGUGAGCAUUCGAUCUGUUCUGCCUGAGGGUUCCGAAGAAAUACUUAAUUUUGGAAUAGAUGAAAAUCAUCAUGUGGAUGACACGCCCUGGUUGACACCUAGGACCCAUUUUUAGUUUGAACUUCGAAAUUGCUUAGGAAUGACAUUAGGCCUGAAAUGGAAAUAAUGCACAAGCAACUGCUUUUGCUAUUACAAAUGCUUGGACCUGUAUUUCAGUUUUGAAUUCCUUUCUUUAUAUUUUUGAAGAUUAAAUUCUACAAUGUUCCUAAUGUUGCUGAGAUAAGUCAUUAUGACAAGCUUUAGUUAUGUUUUGUUGUGUGUAAAUAAGAUCAUACAAUUUACCCAAAAAAACGAAAAGAAAAAGAUUGUACAACUAUGUUUUGUAUCAUAUUUGAAGUAGCUCCAUUUUGUUGCAAGUAGGAUAGAAACAAGUUUGCUUCAAUAUUGAAGCUACCUGAGAUAAAUCAGUAUAGUCUAUUGGGUGUUGCCGCAAUCGCUUGUUUAAAUCUCCUCCUGGUUGUGGACACUGAUAGCUUCUCUGUCCUCAAUAGAGAGGGGAAAAGAGAUUGCCUUCUGAGACUUAAGUUUGAUCCUUCUGAACUAUGAUAAGGGGUAGACAGCGAAGAAAGCAGUGAUGAUCGCUCAAAGGUGCGAGUGUUACUUCUCAUAGGCAGCAAUAAAUUGACAUUGGCGACUGGAUAUGUUCUACAAGACUCAGAACAUCUUCUUCAAUGUACGAUUGUGUGUGCAAUUAAACUACAUUUACAUUAAUUAAACAUUC